AUGGAGAAUCUUUUUACAGAUGAUUAUUAUAUGAGAAUAGCUUUGAAUGAAGCAAGAAAUGCUUUUGAGAGAGAUGAAAUUCCUGUAGGAGCAAUUAUUGUAUCAAAUAAUAAAAUUAUAGCAAAAGCACAUAAUCUUACAGAAACUUUGACGGAUGUUACUGCACAUGCAGAAAUGCAGGCAAUAACUUCUGCAGCUAAUUAUCUUGGAGGUAAAUAUUUACAAAAUUGUACACUUUAUGUUACUUUAGAACCAUGUAUAAUGUGUGGAGGAGCUUUGUAUUGGAGUCAAAUAUCUAAAGUUGUUUAUGGUGCAUCUGAUGAUAAAAGAGGUUUCAAAAAUAAACUUGGAAAUCUACACCCAAAAACUGAAAUUAUAUCAGGUAUUUUAGAAGAUGAAUGUAGUUUAUUAAUGAAAGAGUUUUUUUUGAAUAAGCGCUAA